CUCCCCGACUCUGCCUUUUCCUAUUGGCCAACGCGGCAUCACGUGACAGUAAAACACCGCCCCCUCAUCUUCCCGCCCGCCAUUUCCACUUCCGGCGCGGGGCCCCGCCCCCUCCGCCCCCCGCGGCCUCGCGGCGUCGCCGGAGGAAGAGGAGGAGGAAGAGGAGGAGGAAGAGGAGGAGGAAGAGGAAGAGCUGCGCCACAGGCGGGGGCGGAUGGGAACGCCCCCCCGCAGGAUGGCGGAGGGCUGGGCCGAGUGCCCGGCGCUGGGCCCGGGGUGGCAGCGCCGCGAAGCUUUUCGGAAAUCCGGGGCCACCAGCGGCCGCAGCGACACCUACUACAGGAGCCCCACAGGGCAGAAGUUCCGCAGUAAGAUCGAGCUGAGGAGGUUCCUGGGCCCCGGGCACGACCUGAGCAACUUCGACUUCAAAUCGGGGCUGGAACGGCCCAGCCCCACCCGGACCAAGAAAAGCCCCAAAUGGCACCUGCCCACCGUGCCCCUCCCAGAGCCCCCCAAACUUCAAGAAAGAGGAAAACCAGGAGGUGGGCGUGGCUCAGUCCGAGAAAGCCCCGCCCCUACACGAUGCCCCGCCCUCAUCUGUUCAAGCCCCGCCUUCUUCUGUCCAAGCCACGCCCCUUUCUGCCCAGGCUUCACCUCGUUUAGUUCAGACCACGCCCUCUUCUGUCGAGGCCACGCCCCCUCCGGAGCCCCCCCUGCGCAGGGGCCGGAAACGGCCGCCCCUGGAGCCCCCCCAGGAGGGGGUGAUGGCGCUCUGUGCCAGCUGCCAGACUCUGUUCCCAGGGGUGUCCCUGCCCCCCCCCAGCGCCGCUGCCGCUGGCUGUGCCCCGACUGCCGUGCCCAGAGACGAGACUUCAACCGGGAGCAGCGAUUCUACAAGCGGGUGGGCUGUGGCACGUGCCAGGCCUGCCGCAUCCCCGAGGACUGCGGGAUCUGCAGCGCCUGCACCCGCAGCGCCCCCGGGGCAUCCUCGGGGCCCGGCCGGACCCCCAAGUGCCUCCUGCGCCGCUGCCUGCGCAUCGUCAAGAAGGGCCUGGGCUGCGGCUCCUGCUCGGGCUGCCUGAGCACCGAGGACUGUGGCAGCUGCUGCAUCUGCCUGCGGCGCCUGCAGCCCGGCCUCAAGCGCCAGUGGCGCUGCCUGCGGCGCCGCUGCCUGCGCCCCAAGAAACCCAGGGUGGCCAAGAAGAGCCAGAGCCUGCUGCCCCUGACAGAGAAAUGGAAGCCCCCCAUGGAGUGGGAGCCCAGUGACGCCUCCAGCAGCAGGCACAGAAAGAUCCUGACCAAGGGCAAGGAGAAGAAGAAGCCGGGGCGACCCCCGAAGCCCCCCGGGCCCCGCGGGCGGGGGGCGCGGAGCCGGGCCAGCCGGCGCUGCGGGGUGUGCGCCGCCUGCCGGCGCCCGGCCGACUGCGGCCGCUGCGACUUCUGCCGGGACAAGCCCAAGUUCGGGGGGCGGAACCUCAAGCGCCAGAAGUGCCGCUGGAGGCAGUGCCUGCGCUGUGCCAUGAGGCGGCUGCUGCCGGUGGGGGGGGGGUCGCUGGGGGCCCCCCUGGAGCUGGGGCCGCCCCCUCCCCCCGUCCAGGCCCCCUCCCCACCGCCGCCGCCGCCGCCGGCCCCCCCGGCCCCCCCACGCCGCCGCCCGGAGCCGCCGCCGCCGCCUGCCCCGCCCCCCCCGCCAGGACAAGGAGGAGCUGCUGGGGGGGGGGCUGAAAACAGCCCUGGACCCCUCCCAGACCCCCCCCUGCGCCUCUGCCCCAUCAAGGAGGAGGCAGGACCCCUCCCCCGCCUCGAGGACCCCCGCCUGGGGCUCCUCAUCGCCUCGGCCCCUCGCCUCAAAGGAGCCCCCCCAGAACCCAGCGUCGCCCCCCAAAGGCCCCCCCCGGGGGAUUUGGGGGUCCUGAUCGCCGCCACCCCCCGCGUGAAGCAGGAGCAGCCGCAGCCCAGCGCCUCCCUGGUGCCGCUGGUGGUGCUGGAUGAGAGUGAGGAGGAGGAGGAGGAAGAGGAGGAGGAGGGAGGCAGCAGAGUGCCCUUCCCGCUCCCUCCAACCCCCCAGCUCUGGCCCGGCUCCUUCCUGGAGGAACUGGCCGAGAUUCCCCUCCCGGCUCACUGGGGGGUCGUGGCCGCUGACGGCGGCCCCGGGCCGUGCCCCGCCCGCGGUUUGCGGCUCGUCCAGCGCUGCCCCCGCUCGCCCAUGGCCGCGGCCGCCGUGCUGCUCAACCCGGGCUUGGCUUUCCGCGUCCUGGUCGCCCGCGGCCGCCCGGUGCCCCCCGGGCACGAGGUGCUGGCCCGGCGCCCCCCGCUGCGCUCCGUCCUGGACCUGGUGGAGCUGCUCUGUGAUCUCGAGGCUUACGGGCCGUGCCCGGGACCCCCGGCCCGGCCCCCGGCCCCGCGCUGCCACGUCCUGGUGAGGGGGGGGCGCUGCUGCCGGCCCUGCCAGCUGCUGGCGGGGGAGGGGCGCUGAGGGGG